UACAGGGAUGACCAGAGACUGCGGACACAGUACAGGGAUGACCAGAGACUGCAGACACAGUACAGGGAUGACCAGAGACUGCAGACACAGUACAGGGAUGACCAGAGACUGCGGACACAGUACAGGGAUGACCAGAGACUGCGGACACAGUACAGGAGAUGACCAGAGACUGCGGACACAGUACAGAGACUGCGGAUGACCAGAGACUGCGGACAGUACAGGGAUGACCAGAGACUGCGGACAGUACAGGGAUGACCAGAGACUGCGGACACGGGAUGACCAGAGACUGCGGACACAGUACAGG